AUGAAUAAUAAUAAUAUGUACAUCCAACGACAGUAUCAACCUCGUCGAAAUAAUUAUUAUCAACAACAACAACAACAACAAAAUAGAAUAAGGUCAGUAACAACUUCUUCAAGGUCCAUACCUAAGUUUAUUCCAAUAAAAAUUAUACGAUUUCGUUGGGGGCAAAAAAAUGGUCUUAUCCGCCCUCGUCCUUUACCACCAACACCAUUGCCACGCCAUAAUUUACCACCUCCACCACCACGUACAACAUACCACCAUAAUCAUCAUUAUAAUCGUUUAAAUAAUAAUCGUUAUUACCAACAUCGUCGCUAUUAUAAUAAUAAUAUUAAGUACACAAAUACCCAAAAUUUACCAUCAUUACUUGAACUAAACCCCCUUCCAUUUACCAUCACCUGA